AUGGCGUCGCCCGUGCCUCAAAGUCAGGCGUCUAUGCUUGCGACGAUAACAACGGAUCUGGAUAAGAUUGCGCCGCGAUUUGAGAUCCAGCCAGAGCAGAUCGAGAUUAUUCAGACGCCUGCUGAGUUCUAUCAAACAUUGAAGGAAAAAAUCUCUAAAGCUGAACACCGCAUCUAUCUAUCAACCCUCUACAUCGGCAAAACCGAACACGAACUAAUAUCCACAAUCCGGGACGCUCUCCAACGCAACCCUGGCCUCAAGGUCUCUUUCCUGACCGACGCUCUCCGCGGAACCAGAGAAACGCCAAACCCUUCAACCGCAUCUCUCAUGACACCUCUUAUCUCAGAAUUCGGACCAGACCGUGUAGAAGUGCGCAUGUACCACACGCCUAAUCUAACCGGUCUUCGAAAGAAGUACAUCCCUAAACGCAUCAACGAAGGCUGGGGUCUGCAGCAUAUGAAGUUAUAUGGUGUAGAUGACGAGAUAAUCAUGUCUGGGGCCAAUCUGAGUGAAGAUUACUUUACGAAUCGACAGGACCGGUAUCAUCUAUUUCGAUCAAAGGAGUUGACGGACUACUUCAAAAGAAUACAUGAUGGCGUGGCAAAGUUGAGUUUCGACAUCCAGCCUAGUACUCAAGAAGGAAGUGGAGGCUACACCAUGUCCUGGCCAACAAACAAUGCCGCACCCUCACCCUUGGACUCACCCUCAAACUACAAAUCUGCCGCAGAGAAACAUCUCGCCCACCUCCUCGUCCCAUUAAACUCCCCUGCUGCCCUCCCCUCGUCAACCACAUCCUCAUCAAAAACGACAAUUUACCCCAUCCUCUCCCUCGUUCCUCUCCUUCCAUCCUCGACCGAACUCCCCGCCUUGACGAAAAUCUUAACACGCCUCACAACGCCUCCCCUCCAGAAUUCUUCCUGGACCUUCACCGCCGGCUACUUCAACAUGACGCCCUCGUUUCGACGGCUCCUCCUUUCCACCCGCCCCUCCUCUGGCACCGUGCUAACCGCGCACCCUCACGCCAAUGGUUUCUACGGGUCAAAAGGCGUAAGCGGUAUGUUACCAGAUGCGUACACGCACCUCGCCAAGUCGUUCCUCCGAAAAGUAAAACAUGAAGGUCUAGCCGAGAGUAUUGUCUUGAAAGAGUGGAAGAAAGGUAUGGUGGGACAGGAGGGCGGGUGGACUUAUCAUGCCAAGGGGUUGUGGGUUACUUUCCCUUCUUCUUCCUCUUCUCCUUCUUCCGAGGCGGACAAGGAAGAUCCUAGCUUGACGGUUAUUGGGAGUAGCAACUAUACGAAACGCUCUUAUGAACUGGACCUAGAAGCUAAUGUUGUUAUUGCGACGUCGGAUCCUGGGUUGAGGAGGAGGUUGGGUGAGGAGGUUAAGUGGUUGGGAGAACAUGCCAAGAAGGUAGAUGAAAAGGAGUUUGAGAAGCCGGAGAGGAAGGUGGGGAUGAAUGUCAGGAUGGCUAUGUGGGCUGUUAGGGUGUUGGGUGGUGCGUUGUAA